AUGGACACUGCUCCGCCGAGGGUCCGAGCCCAAACUGGCCCUAGAACAACGCUAGUAUCCUCGCCCCUCCUCCCGCUCCGCCCCUCCACUCCUCCGGGAAGGCGGGCCGGGGGGGGGGUGGGGGGCGGCCUCCGAGGCGACAGAGGGCGGGCUCGGCCCCCGGUUCUCUCCCCGCCCCCGCCCCCCCCCCCGCCCCCGGCCUUCUCGCCUUCUCCAGCGUGGGUGACUUUGAGCCAGUGUGUGUGUGUCGCAGGCUCGGCCGCGGCCUCUCUCUGCCCCGCCCCCGCGCCCGUUAUGGCGGCUCUGGGAGCUGCCGCUACCGCUUCGCAGCUUCUCUGCCGGAGGAGCCUUGACGUGGUCCCCCUGCUCCGAUGUGCCUGGAGAACUUUUGCCUCCCAGACCUCAGGGGAGCUCAAAGUGACUCGGGUCCUACAAGAGAAGUUUCCUAGGGCAGCGACUAUCAAGGUCACAGACAUUUCAGGUGGCUGCGGGGCCAUGUAUGAAAUCCACAUAGAGUCAGAAGAAUUCAGAGACAAGCGGACUGUGCAGCAGCACCAGAUGGUUAACAAGGCACUAAAAGAAGAGAUUAAAGCCAUGCACGGCCUGAGAAUAUUCACUUCGGUCCCAAAGCCCUGAGGCCCCACACCUGGGACAGCUGCCGGGAAGGGAUGGACGCCCAAAGCCUUGGCCCUCGAAGGUCUCCCGUGGAUUCACGGCCAUCCCUCCCUCUCUCAUGAUCCAGGAGAUCCUCAUUAAAGACAAAAGACUCCCGUGACUUUGGAAACCUUCUCUUCCCCACCAAGGUCAUGGGCCUUCUCUGCAAGCCGGGCAGUUGGCUGUGGAUUGGCCGAGGUUUUCCAUCCCUGGCACCUUCCAGGGCCACGUGCUGGUCCUGCAGAUCAGAUGGCCGUGUCCGUCCACUCGGACCUUGUUACCCAAGGGAAGGCCCCACCUCGGCUCCUUUUAGGAUUCUGCCCGGUGCUUAUAGGGGAAGGCACUGGCUUAAGUUCAUUUAAUAAACAUUAGCUUACGUGGA